GGUUAGUGCCAGGCUGUUCCGACAUGAGCAUCUGAGACUUUAUAAGGAGUGUCAAAUCCUUACAGUUUGCAUACUGCCUCUCCAUAACUCAUCUCUGAUUUAUCUUCAUGCCUAUGGUUUCGCUCCAGCUGCUCAUAACUUUGAGAUCAUUCUCAAUAGUGACGUCAACAGACAAGCCUCUUCAACGGGAUGUGAAACUUCUGUUCACCAUAACUCUUGAUGGCCUUGCCCAGUCUGCUAAGGCGAACACGACGUUCACUUGGGAGAUUGUUUCAUUCUCUGCCAAUUCUAACGAUGAGAAAACCUUUACUUGGCAUCCUGAUUGUAAUAUGAGUCUCCACUCCAAAGACACAUUCAACAAGGCACGAGUCAGUGACCAUGUCCAACCGGGGAACUAUGUCGAGCUUGACGCCAUAAAUUGCUCCAAUGCUACUGAGGAGUUCAUGCUAGGUGCCAUUUCUGAGGCAAGCAGCAACUCUGAACCAUUCCAACCAUAUAUUCUUCUCAGGCAGCUGAAGAAGAAGGAGGGUUUAGCAACAGCUAUACCUUACUGCCUGCAGGUGUAUGUCAUCACCAAGUGUACCAGGUACCAUCUCAUCACGGAGAAGUUGUCAGAAGGCCUACUGCACCAAGGUGGCCAGGAAGUCCCUCUCUAACUGGAUCAGUUGGCAGAGAGAACUUGAUGGCAUUUGUAUUCUGAGGGCAAGAAGAUAAUAAUGUUGGAUAAAUAUG